AUUCAUACAGAUGAAAAAAAAACGGAAGUAGAACUCGGAUGUCGGAACAGGAGGUGUCCUGCUGUUCGCUCCCUGAGUGCAAAUGCCAAGUUCACCUGAGGAACGUUUGCGCGUGGCUGCGAUAAUAAAUGCUUUGAAAGCUGCCGGAGUCCGCGUGAAAAACUGGAAGAACUUCUUAAACGGAGAAACCACCCAUGGGGACACGUAUAAACAGGAGAGACGGUGCAACAGCUUUGGCUUCGGUCGAGAUCUGGCCGUGCUGCCGCAGUGUCAAUUACCAGAGAUGGGGGGUGCAGUGCCACGCUUCCUGGUGGACGCCUGUGAGUUCCUGUCCCAGCACCUGCACACUGAGGGGCUCUUCAGGAAGACUGGGUCGCUGAGCCGGAUCCGUGCUCUCAGGGUGGGGCUGGAGCAGGGGGAGGAGGUCUUCUCUCCUACUCUCUCCUCCUCCCUGCAGCCUUGCGAUGUGGCCUCCCUGCUGAAGCAGUUCCUGCGGGAGCUGCCGUCCCCGCUCAUCCCUCCGGAGCUGCAGGGGGCGCUGUGCCGCGCCCAGGGGCUGGGGGCAGAGGGCAUCCGGGAGGGGGCCCAGGAGGGAGUGCGGGAGGGGGGUCGGGAGGGGGGUCGGGACGGGGCCACCCUGCUGGUGACGACACUCUUCCCGCCCGCCCACGCCCGGGCCCUCCGGUACCUCUGCACCUUCCUGAAGAGCGCCGCCCAGAGGUGCAGUGAGAACCGCAUGGAGGUGGGCAGCCUGGCUCUGGUGAUGGCUCCCAACUUGCUGCAGGGCUUGGCGGCGGGCGGCAAGCUGACCGUGGGCACGGAGAGGCUGCUGGAGCGGCAGGCCGCCGUCGUCGCGGCCCUCAUCACGCACGCCGAGCGCAUCGGGGUGAUUCCCUCCGUCAUCCUGGAGGCGCUGUCGGGCGCUGGCCCGCCCUUAGCGGAGGGGGCGGGGUUCCAGGAGAAGGCGGGACUCAGCGUGUACCGGAGCCUGAGGCGCCAGAGGAGGCGGAGCGUCGGAGAGAUGUUUGUGGACGCCUUCUGCAAGCUGAAGACAGGCCGCACUCCCAACGGUCCCUCCCAGCCCUCAGACGCCGCACAGGGCCAGCAGGUGGCAGCAACUCCUGUACCGCAGUCUCCUAGUACCACCAAGCGAAAGGCCUCUGAAGACGCGCUUCCUGAGGUAGAGGGCUCUGCCAAAAAGAGACGCUCGAUCCAUGACCUGAGAGAGGAUAACCAGCGCACAAGCCUGUCCUGCUCGGAUGACUCCGAGUCCCCGCUGAGCCAAAGCCCCACCCCCAGCCUCUGCUCCGUCGCGUCUGGGCUGGAGGGCACCGAGGAGCACCAUCUCCUGGGACCCCAGACCCCCUCUGCCAGACAGAGGAACCACAGGAAGAACACCAAAAGAGUGAAGAGGGUCCCGGCUCCAGAGGACAGGGCCCAGCGCAGACGCAGGUCCCUGCGCUUCUUCACCACGAGCGGCUGGAGCGGCGCUAGCACCGCCCCCUCAGUCGCCGUUGAAGCCGGUUGGCUGUUGGGCACCAAUCGAUUAACCGACGGCUCGGAGGAACCGCCCAGCUACGAGGGGGGCGGUCCAUUUCGGACGCCCGUCAUCCUGAUUGAUGGCCCAGGAGGAGUGGUGGUGGGGAGGGACGUGGAGGACGACCCCGACGCGCUCAACUGCAGCUUCGUGGAGAGCCCAUGCCACACGCCCGUCACCAGCAGGAGGGUGUGGAGUGCGGCACAGGUCGAGGGGGCGGACGGGGAGGGCGGAGCCAGCGAGGGGAGGGACCAAGGGGGUGGAGUCACAGUGGAGACAGGGGAGGAGACUAACGAGCCGGCCCCCUGCAGGGAGGCGGGAACGCAGCUGGAGGGGGCGGGGAGAGAAGGGGGCGUCGGUCGCAGAGAGUGGCGCGAUCCCAUCGCGGACGUUUUUCGGAGGGUCAGCCGGGGCUACCGUCCCCCGCGGCGCUCCAUCAGCCUGCCGGAGGUCUCCUCGGAGCCGGCCGGAGGUCCGGGAGAGGGGGGUGAGGCGGAGGAGUGUGGGGGUGAAGGUGGAGAGUUUGUGGGUUCCGAUUUCCACAAAUGUGUCUGGCCUGUGGAGGACCCCACGAGAGAAGGAAACGGACUGGCCUGGGACAACCCCGGGUCAGAACAAAGCACGGGAGGAAGAGGAGGAAGAGGAGGACAGGCGGAGGAGGUGCAGCAGAACGAGCAGGGUAAACGCAAAGAAACGGAGAGAGAAAAGAAAGGGAAGAAAGAGGAGAAGAGACGAGCGACGAGAGAGGGCGGGGGGAAGGGGGAGGAGUCUUUGGGGCUGGGGUUCGAGCGCUCUCACCAGCGCAUGUCGGUGGCGGACCGCAUGCGGCGGUUCAACCUACUGUCGGCGCUGCUGCGGGCCCCCCGGCCCCCGCCCGGCCCCCCCCCCGCGCCCCAGCGGGGCCCCGUGCGCCUCCGCCGGCAGGGGGCCCGCCGGUUCAGCCGCUCCGUCAGCCACGAGGGCGUGGCCGGGCUGCUGCAGGAGCAGGGUCCCGCCGUGCCGCUGCCUGAGAGUCCGGAGGCGCUGGAGCCAACGGAACGGGACCCGUCCCCAAACACUCUGGACCCUCAUAACCCUGUGAACCCUCAUAACCCUGUGAGCCCUCAUAACCCUCUGAACCUGCAAAGCCCUCCAGACCCUCUGAACCCUAACAACCCUCAAAACCCUGUGGACCUCCUGAAAUCUCAUAACCCUCUGGACCCUCAUAACCCUCGAGACCUUCUGACCCCUUCCAAGCCUCAUAACCCUUUGAACCCUUUGAAACCUUCCAACCCUCAGAAUCCUCUUGACCCUCAAGACUCUCCGGACUCUCUUAACCCUCAUCACCUUGUGAAACUUCUGAACCCUCAUAACCCUCUGAACCAUCAUAACCAUGAAGACUCUCUGAACCUUUCCAACCCUCAUAACGCUUUGAACCCUCAGAAGCCUCACAACCUACUGGACCCUUCGAACCGUCAGAACCUUCCGAAUCCUCCGGAACCUAUGAACCCCCUAGAAUUGUCGUCCAAGCCCCCCAAACCGCAGCACCGCCAUCCAUCGCGGCGCCUGCCGCCAAACCCGGGGGGGCAGCAGUGUCGGCACGGCCCGCGUCUGAAAGAGCUGCCGCAGAGGCCCCCCCAGCGGCCCGGGCCCCAGCAGGGGCCACAGGAAGGAGAGAGCGGGCCCCCUGAGCCAGACCUCCACGAGCUGCUGGAGCUGCAGCUGCGCAUUCAGCACCUGCAGCCGGAGUCUCCGCUGGAGCCUCCAGCAUCCCAGAAUGCUCUAUGUGUGACCCCGCCCUCUCCCCUGGAAGGCCCCGCUAAGGACGCCAGAUCUCUACGCUUCCUGCCUCUCCCCGCCCCUCUGCCCCACCACGCCGACGCUCGCUCGCACAGAGCGCCCCUCGCUAGCCCCCCGCCGCGUCUGCUCUCGGCCUCGGACCCCUGCCGCCCCCUAGAGGCGGACAGGUGUAUUGACUGGGCUCCAGAAACGGGCUCCGGUACCGACCGUUCCCCUCGUCGCUAUGCCGAUGGCUUUAACGAGAUGGGGCCUGGUGGGGACGACCCACACCCCUCUCUCUCCCCGUUGGCAUUGCGUUUCAGGGCCCCUGCCACCAGGAGGCGCUACAGAGAUUCCCCCCGCUGGCCCAUUCCUGAGAUCCAUAUCACCGCCUUGACUCCCUUCCAGCUCUGAACUCUGAUAGGCUGACAGGAAAUGACAUCAGUCACCUCUUCCUGCUCACAUCCUCAACCAGAAGCUAUUAACAGUAGGGGGACCAGUACUAGUCCUGCCUUCUCACCUGAACAUCUGUAAUGCUCGUAAUGUACACAGCUGAGAAAGUAAAGCUAGCAUCGCAUGCUGUCAUUGUUUCGUUGAUGGAUGUUUCCGGAACACUGCGCCCGUUAGUGUCCGUUCCUGCAGUGGUUUCAUGUUUUUUAAUGUUUUGUGCCAUUCUAUUCCAUGUCAAAUAUUUUGCGGUUUAAUAAUUCAAAUACGUGAAUUUAUGACUUUGUAUGAUUAUUUAUUUUGUCAUAUUUGCUGAUAUGCUGUAAUUUAAGUUAAACGUUUUUUCUUGUUUUAAUAAAAUGAGUUAUUUUUAA